AAUUCCUGAGUUGCAGCUCGCAGAGGGUCAGAUGCUGCGGAGUGGAGUCAGAAGAGGACCCUGAACGCAUCACGGCGCGUUGUUCCUGUGUGUUGCAGAGCGACAGACUCCGGUCAACAGAUCACAGACAUGUCUGUUUCCACUCAGCUGGGUCUGUUGCUGUGGAAGAACUUCACCUACAGACGAAGACAGACGCUGCAACUUCUUGUGGAGAUCGUCUGGCCCCUCUUCAUCUUCUUCAUCCUCAUCGCCGUUCGGCUGAACUACCCUCCAUACGAGCAACAUGAGUGUCAUUUUCCCAACAAGGCGAUGCCGUCGGCCGGCACGCUGCCUUGGCUUCAGGGAAUCCUCUGCAAUGCCAACAACCCGUGCUUCAGGAGCCCAACGCCGGGCGAGUCACCGGGCAUAGUUGGCAACUUCAAUGACUCCAUAAUUUCUCGUCUAUUUCUCGACGCCAAGAAGAUUCUUCUGUACAGUCAGAACGAUAAAAACCUUGAUGGGUUCAAAGAGCUUGCUGCGGCUCUGCAUGCGCUGCAGAGGAGCCAAUCAGGAUUCAAGUUAAAGCACUUCCUGCGAGACAAUGAGACGCUGUCUCUAUUCCUGCUGAGAAACACCUCGAUGUCUGAAGACCACAUCCAACAAAUCCGAGACGCCGACGUGGACCUGGAACAGGUCCUACUGAAAGGUUUUGGAGUUCACCUAUCAGACAUGUGUCCCAGGAAGGGGGGCGAGCGCCGUCUGGGGGACUUUGUGACCAUCGCGGACCAGCAGGUGUCGAUGAUGGUACAGAAAGUCCUUUGUGAGGCACCGCGCACCUGGCUGAACCAGGCUGAGGAGCACUUCCUCAGCAACCUGGACUUCCUAAAACCUGUGCAGAGGGACUUGAGAGCCGACCCCGAGGCCGUCCAACUGGUUGCCAGGGCGACCAACCACCUCCUGGACAGUCUGGGUUCACUGGCGGUCGAGCUGGCCGGCAUGAAGAGCUGGAUCGACCUUAGGAACGAGAUUGUGUUCCUGACGCAGAACGCCACCUCGUCCCCCAGCGCCAUGUACCAGGCUGUCUCCAGGAUCGUGUGCGGUCACCCGGAGGGAGGCGGCCUGCAGAUCAAGUCUCUCAACUGGUACGAGGACAGCAACUACAAGGCCCUGUUCGGGAGCCAGAACAGCAGCGAGGACGAGUCCACGUCCCUCUACGACAACUCGUCCACUCCCUACUGCAACAGUUUGGUAAGGAACAUGGACUCCAACCCAAUGUCCCGGAUGAUCUGGCAGGCUUUGAAGCCUCUGCUGAUGGGGAAGAUCCUGUACACCCCCCACACUCCUGCCACUCAGAGGGUUAUCCACGAGGUGAACCGGACCUUCCAGGAGCUCGGUGUGUUCAGGGACCUGGGCGGGAUGUGGGAGGAGGUAAGACCCAAAAUCUGGAGCUUCAUGGAGAACGGCGAGCAGAUGGACGUGAUCAGGACCCUGCUAAAGAACAACGCCACCGCCAGAUUAUUCAGCGCUCAGCUGACCCACACCGACUGGACUGUGGACGACGUCUCCUACUUCCUGUCCAAGAGGGUUGCCCAAGGCCCCGGUGGCGCCCUCACCUGGAGGGAGGUGUUCAACGACACCGACCAGGCCAUCAUGAGCAUCUCACGCUUCAUGGAGUGUGUGAACCUGGACAAGUUGGAGCCGGUCUCCAGCGAGGAGCGAAUGGUCGACCAGUCCAUGGUGUUGCUGGAGGACAAGAAGUUCUGGGCAGGGAUCGUGUUCCCGGACGUCGACCCCAACGCCACUGAGCUGCCGGCCAAACUCAACUACAAGAUCCGCAUGGACAUUGACAACGUUGAGAGGACCAAUAAGAUCAAAGACGCGUACUGGGACCCAGGUCCUCGUGCCGACCCUUUUGAGGACAUGCGGUACAUCUGGGGUGGGUUCUCGUACCUGCAGGACGUUAUAGAGCAAGGUAUCAUAAGAGCAAUGACGGGCACCAAGGAGAAGACGGGCGUCUAUAUUCAGCAGAUGCCUUAUCCCUGCUACGUGGACGACAUCUUCCUGCGGGUGAUGAGCCGCUCCAUGCCUCUCUUCAUGACCCUUGCGUGGAUGUACUCGGUGGCGAUCAUCCUGAAGAGUGUUGUGUACGAGAAGGAGGCUCGCCUGAAAGAGACCAUGAGGAUCAUGGGAUUGAACAACGGCAUAUUGUGGUUCAGCUGGUUCAUUAGCAGUCUAAUUCCUCUGCUGGUUAGCGCCGGUCUGCUGGUGCUGCUGUUGAAGAAGGGGAAUCUGCUGCCCUACAGCGACCCCGGCGUCGUCUUCCUCUUCCUGGGAUCUUUCGCCGUGGUAACCAUCAUGCAGUGCUUCCUCCUCAGCACAGCCUUCGCCCGCGCCAACCUUGCCGCCGCCUGCGGAGGAAUCAUCUACUUCACCCUCUACCUGCCCUAUGUGCUCUGCGUGGCCUGGCAGGACUACAUCGGCUACGGGGCCAAGGUCUUCGCUAGCCUCCUGUCGCCCGUGGCGUUCGGAUUUGGCUGUGAGUAUUUCGCCCUGUUUGAGGAGCAAGGAGUCGGCAUCCAGUGGAAGAACCUUGUUUCCAGUCCAAUGGAGGAGGACGACUUCAGCCUCCGCACAGCUAUCGUCAUCAUGUACUUCGACUCCUUCCUGUACGGAGUCCUUACCUGGUACAUCGAGGGCGUGUUUCCAGGUCAGUACGGGAUCCCUCGAGCCUGGUACUUCCCCUUCUCUAAGGCCUACUGGUUUGGGGAGAAAGAUGGGAAGUCCAACAAAGGUCCACUGAUCCAGAAGGAAAACCCAGAAGCUGUGUGUAUAGAAGAGGAGCCGUCUCACCUGGAGCCUGGUGUCUACAUUGAGAAUCUGGUGAAGGUGUAUCGCCACGGGAAGAAGCUGGCUGUGGACGGACUGACGCUCGGCUUCUACGAGGGACAAAUCACCUCCUUCCUGGGACACAAUGGAGCAGGGAAGACCACCACUAUGUCCAUCCUGACUGGCCUGUUCCCUCCCACCUCUGGUACCGCCUACAUCCUCGGCAGAGACAUCCGGACCGAGCUGAGUGCCAUCAGACAAAAUCUUGGAGUGUGUCCUCAACACAACGUCCUCUUCAGCAUGCUGACGGUGGAGGAGCACAUCUGGUUCUACGGCCGGCUCAAAGGCCUGUCGGAGCAGCAGGUGAAAGGUGAGAUCGAGCAGAUUCUGCAGGACACCGGGCUGCCCCACAAACGCACCUCCAGGGCCAAUGCGCUGUCCGGAGGCAUGCAGAGGAAACUGUCUGUGGCGCUGGCCUUUGUCGGGGGGUCAAAGGUUGUGAUCCUGGAUGAACCCACUGCCGGUGUUGACCCUUUCGCCCGUAGAGGGAUCUGGGAUCUGCUGCUGAAGUACCGGCAGGGUCGGACCAUCAUCCUGUCCACACACCACAUGGACGAGGCUGAUAUCUUGGGGGACCGGAUCGCCAUCAUCUCCCACGGGAAGCUGUGCUGCGUGGGCUCCUCUCUGUACCUGAAGAACCAGCUGGGGACAGGUUACUACCUGACGCUGGUGAAGAAGGAACCCGAGCAGGCGCUGAGCUCCUGCAGAAACUCCUCCAGCACCGUGUCCUUCACCAAGAAGGAGGAGGAGAGUACCUCGGUCAGCAGCAGUGACGCAGGACUCGGCAGCGAACAUGAAAGUGAGGCCACCACCAUCGAAAACGGGCCUGCGGCCUCCAUUUGCCCCGUCCCCUUGGGGCCUCCCGAUGCGACCCUAGUCUCGGGUCUCAUCUUGGGCCACGUCCCGGCCGCUCGGCUGGUGGAGAACCUGGGCCACGAGCUGACCUACGUCCUGCCCUACAGCGCCGCUAAGGACGGAGCCUUUGUGGCACUUUUCAAAGACCUGGACCUCAAGCUGCUCAACCUCGGCAUCUCCAGUUACGGAGUGUCGGACACCACACUGGAGGAGAUUUUCCUGAAAGUGGCUGAAGACAACGGAGUCGACACUGAAGUGCCUUCAGAUGGUACCUUUCCUGUCCGGAGGCGGAGGAGGACUCAUGCCUUUGGUGGAGGAGACCAUCAGAGCUGCCUCAGACCUUUAACCGAGGACGACGACAACAACUGCAACGAGUCGGACGGUGAUCCAGAGUGCAGGGAGAAGGACUGGUUGAACUAUACUGAUGGUAAAGGCUCCUAUCAGGUGACCGGCUGGAGUCUGAAGAAGCAGCAGUUUGUUGCUCUGAUGUGGAAACGAUUUUUGUAUGCUCGGCGCUCCAGGAAGGGCUUCUUCGCUCAGAUUGUCCUCCCUGCUGUGUUUGUGUGCAUCGCUCUCGUCUUCAGUCUCAUUGUUCCACCGUUUGGGAAAUACCCGAGUCUGGAGCUGCAGCCCUGGAUGUAUGAGGACCAGGUGACCUUCAUCAGUGACGAUGCUCCUGGAGACCCCACCAUGCAGAGGUUAUUGAACUCUCUCCUGGACUCGCCGGGCCUCGGGACUCGCUGCAUGGACGGACAUCCCAUCCCAGAAGCUCCCUGUACGAUGGGCGAUGAGGAUUGGAAUGUUCCUGAAGUCCCUGAAAGCCUCCAGCAGCUCUUCAGCUCCUCCAACUGGACCAUGGAGGACCCGUCCCCCGCCUGCUUCUGCAGCUGUGACGACAAGAAGAAGAUGCUGCCGCACUGCCCCGCUGGAGCCGGAGGACUGCCACCCCCCGAGAUGAAGCUGAGCGCAAACGAUACUCUGCAAAACCUGACAGGAAGAAACAUCUCAGACUACCUGGUGAAAACAUACGCUCAGAUCAUCGGCAAGAGUCUGAAGAACAAAGUUUGGGUGAAUGAGUUCAGGUACGGAGGCUUUUCAUUGGGCGCCAGGAGCACUCAGGUCCUCCCGCCGGCCAAUGAGAUCGACGAUGCCAUUGAACGAGUCAGAAAGAUCUUUGAGCUGCAGAAGGGAGCGGCAGCAGAUCGAUUCCUCGACAGUCUCUCAGGUUUUAUCAACGGUUUGGACACAAAGAACAAUGUAAAGAUCUGGUUUAACAACAAAGGCUGGCACAGCAUUGGAGCGUUCAUCAACGUGAUGAACAACGGCAUCCUGAGAGCAAACCUACCUGAAGGGAAGGACCCACACUUGUACGGCAUCAGGGCCUUCAACCAUCCUCUGAACCUCACCAAGGAACAGCUGUCACAGGUGGCUCUGGUAACGACCUCUGUGGACGUGCUGGUGUCCAUCUGUGUGAUCUUCGCCAUGUCCUUCGUUCCAGCUAGCUUUGUGGUUUUCCUCAUCCAGGAGCGAGUCAGUAAAGCCAAACACAUGCAGUUCAUCAGCGGAGUGCAGCCGCUGCUCUACUGGGUGGCCAACUUCACCUGGGACAUGUGUAACUACGUCGUCCCGGCAACGCUGGUCGUUGUCAUCUUCAUCUGUUUCCAACAACAAGCCUACGUUUCAUCCACUAACCUGCCGGUGCUCGCUCUGCUGCUGCUGCUCUAUGGCUGGUCCAUCACUCCUCUGAUGUACCCAGCCUCCUUCUUCUUCCAGAUCCCCAGCACGGCCUAUGUGGUCCUCACCAGUGUCAACAUCCUCAUCGGCAUCAACGGCAGCAUCUCCACCUUCGUCAUGGAGCUGUUCGGAAACAACGAGAUUGGGGGAAUUAACGACAUCUUGAAGAAUGUUCUCCUCAUCUUUCCUCACUUCUGUCUCGGUCGAGGACUCAUCGACAUGGUGAAGAACCAGGCAAUGGCCGAUGCCCUGGAGAGAUUUGGUGAGAACCGCUUACGCUCUCCUCUGGAGUGGGACAUGGUGGGAAAGAACCUAUUUGCGAUGGCCGUGGAGGGAGUCGUCUUCUUCAUCAUCACCCUCCUCAUCCAGUACAGGUUCUUCAUCAAACCCAGGCCAGUCAGUACACUCACUAAACUGGGACCACUGGGGGACGAGGACGAGGACGUAGCCCGAGAGAGGCAGAGGAUUGUCCAGGGUCUGGGACAUGGGGACAUCCUAGAGCUCCGUCAGCUCACCAAGGUGUUUGAAAGGAAACAGAAGCCGGCUGUGGAUCGACUUUGUGUCGGGAUUCCUCCUGGAGAGUGCUUCGGGCUGCUUGGGGUUAAUGGUGCUGGGAAGACGACCACCUUUAAGAUGCUGACUGGAGACACACUGGUGACCAGUGGAGAGGCUUUCUUGGCUGGGAAGAGCAUCCUGAGGGAGAUCGACUCCGUCCACCAGCACAUGGGGUACUGUCCUCAGUUUGACUCCAUCAACGAGCUGCUGACAGGAAGAGAGCACCUGGAGCUCUACGCCGUCCUCAGGGGGGUCCCCGAGGGACAAGUCUGUGAUGUGGCAGAGUGGGGCAUCAGGAAGUUGGGUCUGAUGAAGUACGCUGAGAAAGCAGCAGGAAGCUACAGCGGAGGAAACAUGAGGAAGCUGUCCACGGCCAUGUCUCUGAUCGGAGCGCCGCCCGUCGUCUUCCUGGACGAGCCCACAACCGGCAUGGACCCCAAAGCCCGCCGGGCCCUGUGGAACUGCAUCCACAGCAUCAUCAAGGAGGGACGCUCCGUGGUCCUCACCUCCCACAGCAUGGAGGAGUGUGAGGCUCUGUGUACCAGGAUGGCCAUCAUGGUAAACGGGAGGUUCAGAUGUCUCGGCAGCGUUCAGCACCUGAAGAACAGGUUUGGUGAUGGGUACACCAUCAUCCUGCGGGUGGGGGGGCCGGACAGUGACCUUCAGCCCGUCAUGAAGUUCAUUGAGAGUGAGUUGAGCGGCAGCACGCUGAAGGAGAAGCACAGGAACAUGCUGCAGUACCAGCUUCCAUCUUCUCUCACCUCCCUCACCCACAUCUUCUCCAUCCUCGCCAAGAACAAGGAGCUGCUGAGGAUUGAGGAUUACUCCGUCACCCAGACCACCCUGGAUCAGGUGUUUGUGAACUUCGCCAAGGACCAGAGUGACGACUACCACUCCAAAGACUCGGUGCGGCGCCGAGACGUCGUCAUCGAGGUCCCCCCGGGAGCUUCUGGGGGGGAGGUCAUGCUAAAGGAGAGCGUCAUGUGAUCAUCUCAUAGACCAUGCCUCCUCAUCUGUCGUGAUGUCACACGUGUGGGCGGAGUCACCCACCGCCUCGUGCCAGUCAAUGCAAAUGAUUCUCCGUGGAGCCGCCGCCCAUCAGACACUUAGAUAGCGCCUGUGAUUUGUCUCCUGCUCUGAUGAACUCUGUUGCUACUUUGUUUCUCCAAACCAACGAGGAAGAAUAUGAAUCACUGGCCGACGGCUCAACUGCAACGAUCACUUUUAGAAAACGAUUAAUUCUGUUUUAUUUAUGUGUAGCUGAAGCAGAGUGCGAUUUGUCUUAUUUUGGCGGGGCAGUUCGGUUUCCUGUAGUGUUUAAUAGCCAAUCAACGUGCCCAAUGCAAAGUGCUGCACAAAGAAGAAGACUGAGGCCCAAUCCCCAAUCCGCCCCCCUCACUCUGUCCGGAUUCGGUUCCCCACCGUCACAACGCCGAGUUUUGACAAAGAUUAGUAAAAACAUUUAAAAUGACCUCAUCUUAGCAGCAAGGAGUCACAUUUCAAAUGCAAAACAAGUAUUAAAUCACUCCCCUCAGUUGUGAAUCACAUGACGUGUGAGGUUGUCAUGGUGACACCUUUUAAAGCCCUCACAGACUCGCACACUCAACCUCCGACCAGGCGAGUCCCUGAGAGGUACUGAGAGGUCACGGGGCACUGGGAUUGGACCAAGACUGGAUUGGUUUUUCUUUAGAGGAAGGAUGCAAAGCAGUGAAAUACCUCAAGAGUAUUGAAUAGUGGAACAGCUGAUCAAUCCGACUGACGGAGCUCCGCCUCCUCAGCACGUUACCUGUUCACACCCUCGGCUCGUGUUUGCACUGAUCGCCAUGUUUAUUUAAUGUUACCGACCCAAACACCUCAAUAAAAGAAAUAAAUCCAC